UUUCCAUCAUCGGUUGAUCUACUUGCUCCCUGUCGAAAUGUCCCUUGACUGAAUCGACAGCGCGAAUCAGACACGGGAUUACCUGCCUAGGAUAAAUCAUCAUGGUGUACGAUGAUUACCGACUCUUUGUGCUCCUCCUGACCACAUCCUCCAUCGUUGCAGCGGUAAGCGAGGAGACUCUUAACGUCUACGCUCUGCUCGGCAGCAACCUAACCUUAUCGCUAGACCAAAAGCUGCUGAGCGACCAGGAUACAUUGCGCUGGGCACACAACAGCAAAAUCAUCUUCAUGAGGUCGUCCGGAGUCGUCCGCCGGGGUAAGCCGACAGACGUCGACGCGGCUGGAUCCCUCCAGCUGCUCAACCUCAGCGACUCCAGCGCUGGGGACUACAAGGCAGACGUGUACGACAGGACCGGUGUGCGCGUCAAUGGCUGGAGCAGAAAGGUGUACGUGGUCGAGAAAGUGUCGACGCCUGUGGUGACGUUUCUGUGCGGUUCUAGCGGUGCCACGGCCACACUGAAAUGCGACGUUCGCAACCCGAAGUACGUGGUCUUCGCCUGGACCCACGAAGGUCAGCUCCUGACAGGGGAAACAAAGCCCACGCUGAGCGUGUCUUUGGCGAAGUUCAAGGGUGAUAAAGGUUAUGGCUGCAGUGUGAGUAACAGCGCCAGCAAAGCCCAGAGUAACCCUGUCCAGUUAAAGUGCAAGCCGCCGCCGCCGCCGCCGCCUCCGAAGGUCUACUGCUUUAACGCCAGCACAGUAAUGGCCGCCGUGGCUGGAGGAGUCGGUCUGAUUAUGCUGCUCUUCAUCAUCACCGUAGUCGCAUGUUCCCGACAGAAGAAGGCGCAGACGCCGGAACAGCAAGAGGAUCUCCUUAUGGCCCCGGCCGCGGAAGGCAUUCAGGACUAUGAGAUGAUGCAUCCUUCAGGGGAAACCCCAAGACCCAGUCCGAUGCUCAGUCAUGGUCCCUCGCCCACAGUCUACAGCCAGGAGGUUGUACCAUCAGUAGCCAAGGCCCAAGAUGAUCUUGGACCCACAUCGACGGAAGUGAAGCGAGGACCUUCCCCAGUUCCUAAACCCAGGACAAAAGCCCCUAAGGCCCCUGAGAAAUGAGGAAUCAGCUUCAGCAUUUAUGUCAACAGAUGAUUUGAUAAUUAUCAAGUUGCAUUGUUUGCUAUAUUAUUGGGUAAAUGUUUAUCUGUGAUUAUUAUUAAGUAAUUGUUGAUCUGUUACUGUAAUUAUUAUUGGUAACAGUUUAUCUGUGAUUAUUAUUUGGGUAUAUUGCUUCUGUCUUCCCCUACGUACCUGGGAAAAUCGCGGUAACUUCCUGAGAAAACACUGUAUCACACUAGUAAUAAUUUCUCCCCCUUUUCAGGUACGUUGUUAAUGUAUAAACCUUGUAGGCUUGACUGUGGUGAGUUGGUGUCAUGUUAAGAGUGUCGAGAGUGUUUAGGGGAUAGAUUGAAUGUUGCGUUUGUGAAGUGUGUGUGUGUGUGUGUGUGUGUGUGUGUGUGUGUGUGUGUGUGUGUGUGUGUGUGUGUGUGUGUGUGUGUGUGUGUGUGUGUGUGUGUGUGUGUGUGUGUGUGUGUGUGUGUGUGUGUGUGUGUGAGCAAAGACCUGCUCGUAGGCUAGCUAGAGCUAACUGUGAAGUCGCAUACAUUUUGUAAUAUACUUUGCAUAUUCACUUUUUAUCUCGAUUUCUGUAUUGUUUCAUGCACUGUUUACUUUGAAGGAUUUGAGAGUUUGGCAGUUACCUUGUGCUUAGGCGGGGCGUUUCUAGGUUUCUGAAACAUCCGGGGCUUAGCCCAAGAGGGAAUAGGACAGUGCGCGUGCUGCAAAUUUUGUUGCAUUUUUUUUCAUAAUGCUUUACCUAAAUAAAAAAAAUAGGCAGGUAAUUAGAGCUUUGAAUAGCUACCUGACUGCUGCUUAUCCCCAGACAUCUAAAGUUCCAUUCAAGUUAUUUCAGAGUAAAAUUAAUACAAGUGAGACAGACCUUACAUUACCUAUAUCAGGUGUGUCAAACUCAUUUUCACAAAGGGCCACUCUAUGAUGAAAUGAUAAUCAUACUAAGGGCCGACAUUGAGUUUGCUGACAUGCUUUCUUUUUAAUCCAAAAAGUCAAAACAACAUAUCUAUGGAUAUAUUGUAUACAACCUGCGUACAGGGUCAUAUAGGCUAAGUUUCAUUUCAACAUUUUGGGGGACAAAUUAUAGGUGGGGGGUAUGGGGGUGCUCCCCCAGAAAUGUUUGAGCGUCAAACACUUAAUUUCCUGCAUUCUGGUGGAUUUUUAUUCAUCUAUCUGUGCCUUUUCUGCAUCAUUUUAUAGUGGAAAUAUUUUUUUUUUCUGUGAAGGAAAAGACAACAUUCAGUGUUCCUAAAGAAAUAACUAUUAUGGAAUAUAAUGCAGUAAGGCUCUCAGGCAUCCUGCAUUUUUCAAAACUUUCUGCAAAUUGAAAACAUAUCACAUGUUUUGGGUAUUUCUUUUUUAGAGAAUCAUGAAUCCGCACCCGUGUUAACUAUUUAUGACCAGUGUUGGUCAAGUUACUUGGAAAAAGUAAUUAGUUACUGAUUACUGAUUACUUAUCCAAGAAUGUAAUCCUGUUACUUUACUGAUUACUUAUUUUCAAAAGUAAUUAGUUACUUUACUAAUUACUUUACUUAGUUACUUUUCAAAAACACACUAGCUAUACACAACCUGAAUAGGCUUUUUUAAAACUUGUUUUUAUUAGUCUCAAUCUUUUUAACUAUGCACAUUGCAAACAAAAAAAUAAAUUAAAUGCAACAUGCUCAUUUAAAGAAAAUCGUUUUGGUGUGUAUACACACCUUCAUUCGAAUAGAUGUAAAUAAAAUACAACCAUAAAAUAAUUAAAACCAAAGUCUCUAUUAACAUUUACAUCUUUUAACCGUUGCAGUGCAGAGAGGAGUAAUGCGUUUACCAAAACAGAAAAUGCUGUUGCAUGCGUCAUUUAGGCUGUUCUAAUGUCAAAUAAGAGUAUGUGUUUGAACUGUGUGUGUAUGGAAGGAUGUGUUUCAUAGAUAAAUACAUAGAUAUGAUAUAUAGUUAUAUGCUACACGUGAACCUACUAAGAUGGCGCAAUUUGAUUGGUUCGCUAUCUCGGGAUAUUGGGCAAUAUCCCAUGAUUGACAUCUCAAACUCUAUAUUGUUUUCAUCGCAAAAUGUCAGCUGAUAACAACAAAUAAACCUUAAGUCUCGUUGGCUAUUCCCCACUAUUCACUUCGCCUUUGGCGAAUAACUGUUGACUAAUAGCCUAGAUAGAUAAAUAGCCUAGUCAAGUCUUUAUUAAUACCAAACUACACGUCGGGAAUUCAUUUAGGAUGGUGAUUCGGCUCACACAGUAUAGCCUACAAGACCACACAUAACAAGGGAGACAACAAGUCUGACUGGACAUACACAAAAUACAUCACAUUAAAACUAGACCAAUGCGUUGAUAGAUAGAUAGAUAGAUAGAUAGAUAGAUAGAUAGAUAGAUAGAUAGAUAGAUAGAUAGAUAGAUAGAUAGAUAGAUAGAUAGAUAGAUAGAUAGAUAGAUAGACGGAUAGAGAGUAUUAAAUAUGUUAGAUUAUUUGUCUUGCGGAGCCAGCGAAUCCUGUGCGCGUAUGCAAAUUAGCCAUGUGCGCCUAACACAAGAAAGAGUCUUGCACACACGUGUCUGUUGUUUACUUCUAGUCGUCGCGCCGCUAGCUACGUCAUUGUCACGAGACAGUCUCACAAAGCAAAUACGGCAAAAUCCCAAAUUAUUUUAGUGUCUAUGGCAAAAAUAAAUCACGGUUUAGUAACGCAGUAACGCAGGCUGCUUGCAGGAAAGUAAAAGUAAUCGAAUUACUAUUUUUGCAAUUGUAAUCCCUUACUUUACUCGUUAUUUGAAAAAAGUAAUUGGAUUACAGUAACGCCUUACUUCUAACGCGUUACUGCCCAUCACUGUUUAUGACACUUAACAUUGGUAAUGAAAUGACAGCCAGCAUUGGAAUUGAAAAGGGCAGCAGCUAGUUAGUUAGCUAAAUUGUAACUUAAGGCAAAAGUUGGAAACAAAUCAUGUUAGCAUUCAUCCUUAGACACUUGACACAAUCAGUCAUCAAUAUUGGCAUGCUAUUUAGCCUCAUAGAUUGGCCUAUUUACAGACCACAAAAAACUGAUAUAUUUUCUUCAAUGCAAGUUCAUAAAUACAUGGCUUAAAAUCUUGAGCAGCAGAACAGAAAUUCCUAGCAGUAAGCUACGCAAGAGUCCUAACA